CUUCCAUGCAUCCAUGUCCUCCGUCCGUACCACUCCUGCUAGCGAAAAGUCUAUUUAUUUCGACGCUCCCAUCGCCCAUUUUCACAUGCAGUCCCUAGACCCAGAAAAACCUAUUCCCAAGCCAGACGCUUCUGAACCUGGCGCAGGUGAUCUCUCAAGAGAGCCCACCGUCGCAAUUGGUGGUCUCACUGCUCGCAAACCCGCCGGAAACGUUACGAAUGGGGACGGUCUUCAUCGUGAGGAAGACGUACUAGAAGACGUUUCACCAGUAGGCGAGAACAUCGCUGCACAUCCCAACGGUUCAGAAGGAUGGCUACCGGCCGAAGACGUUCCAACGGAAUCUAACCCCGCCAAAGAUGCAUCCAAACCAGCUCGUGCUUCUUCCGUGCUUCGAAAGAAACGCCGGUCUGCCUCCGUGGCCUCGCGAGCCUCAGCUUCCGCCACUUCUCUUCACCGGCACCGAUCUUUGGGAGCUGGGAGCACCCGCUCUGUGUCGAAGAGCACAUUCAUGAAUGCGGAUGGAAAACCUAUCAAUGGGUCUACCUUCAUCAAUGGUGCCGGCACCACAGGGCCGGCUUCAAAUGCUAUUGCAGAUGAGAGCUUGCAUCAGAGACACGCUACCGCGGAUAGUUCUUUGCGCUCUAAGCAAAGGUCGAAAAUCGAAAAACUGGAAGCUAAAGAUGGCAAACUCCUCUCCAAGAUUAUCAAGAAAGAAGGAAAAGUCGAGAAGCAGGCGUUGGGUGUGGCGAUCAAUGAGCUCGCGGAACUGCAGAAGAUUCAACAGGCCGCAGUCAAGCGAGAAGCCAAAAGCCACACCCAACACACCAAAGCCGUAGCAGCGUUUACGAAGGCAGAAGCCGCUUACCUUGAAGCUCGGACUAAAUUCGAAACAGCUCAAGCAUUGAUGAACGCUGAGCAGGAGAAUUUGGAAAUCGCGAGGAACGCGGCGAUGGAAGCUACGGCUAAGAUGCAAGAGAAGAGUCAAGAAGUUGACUCGUUGAGGCAGACAUUUGGAGUGGAUGAGAGGGAGAGGGCUGUCAAAAUUGGUGAGCUCAGCCGUUCGACGAGCAAAAGGAAAUCUUGGUUCUAAACCGGUGGACUGUCUUCAAUAUCUUGGUCAUUUUCUUUUGGGCAUUCUUUCUAUUCUUUGUCUAUUCUUUCAUCACUGUACAUUACAAUCGUCUUCGAUGUUUCUAUGAUACUUAGCUGUAUUCAUUGUAAAUUCGCGCUUCUAUGGAUUAUUUCAUUCGGCUCUACAUAUCGCCGUAUCAUUCGUGUAAUAGCAAGUAACGCUCCCCAGGAGCCUGCAUGGCGUUAUAUUUUGUGGACGAACCA